GUGUUUUGGUCUGGUGUGAAAUGGUGGGGAUGUCGUCAGAGGAGCACUUCGACGUUACUAGACGCGUUUCCGCAAAGCACUGUGGGUAGCGUGUUUCCUAACUUCCAAGACGUUAGUCCUUCUGGGAGCGCAUAGAGAGGUGUGGAUCGCAGUUAGGGCGGCGUUAUGGCUACAUUGUCCGGUCCCACGGUGAAGGCGGAGGAUUUCGCGAUGUGUCCACCCGGAGCAGCACCGCCGCAAGGAUGCCCCAUGCACCAGAAUCCCAAACCCAGUGCCCCUCCAUCAGGGUGUCCCAUGCACCAACCCUCUGUGCCGGCCGAGACCCCCGCCGCCCCCUUGGCCCCCGCCCCCCCCUCGGCCCCCCCAGCCCACCAGGAGAGGGCGUAUGAGUUUGUGGAGUGCCCCAUGAAGGCAGCCAACAGAGACAAGUUUAAAGUGUCGGACAUUGAUCCUUCCAACAUGAUGCCUCCACCCAAUCAGCAGCCUGCUCCUGGACAGCCCUUCUCCCUGUCAGUGAAUAGGGAGGAGUCUCAGAUUCCGAGGGCGGGGUCAGAGCAGAACUGGGUCUACCCCUCCGAGCAGAUGUUCUGGAACGCCAUGCUCCGAAAGGGGUGGCGCUGGAAAGAGGAUGACCUGGGGCAGAAAGACAUGUCCAACAUCAUCAAGAUCCACAACAGGAACAACGAACAGGCCUGGCAGGAGAUCCUCAAAUGGGAGGCCCUCCACAAGAGAGACUGUCCCUGCGGCCCCACCCUGAUCCGCUUUGGGGGUAAAGCAAAGGAGUUCACCCCCAGAGCUAUCUUCCGGAGUUGGAUAGGGUACGGUCUUCCGUUUGACCGGCACGACUGGAUCGUAGACCGCUGCGGUCAUGAGGUCCGCUACGUCAUCGACUACUACGACGGUACGGAGGUGAACCGUCAGAACGACACGGUCCUGGACGUCCGACCCGCCUUCGACUCGCUUGGUGCCGUCUGGGACCGCAUGAGGGUUGCGUGGUGGAGGUGGACACACUGAGACCACAACCUGGGCACCCAUUCAUCGUAUACUUCUGCUGAGCUACUGCUAGUUCAUCCAGAUAUUAAACGGCACUGUGUGCUGUUGGCUUGUAAAAUAAGUGUCUUGAUUGUAUUUGGUGUUAUGUUUGGGAGUGUUGUGUUAAGGUUGAAUGCUACGGUCGCCUCAACAGAACUUUUUGCUCUGUGCUGAGAAGGGUAUCCGGCAGUUUGAUUGUCAUCCACAUUUACGGUUAUUGUGCUCUUAGAAUGCAGGUUAUAGUUUAUCAUUCCCAAGUUCUGUGUGUGUUUGUGUGUGUGUGUGAACUGAUAUUUCUUCUGCCAAUACAAUAUUUAUUUACUUG